UUUUAUCCAUCUAAAAAAAUUUAACCUGAUAUCUCAAAAUAGAUAAUAAAAUUAAUAUGUGUGCAAUACACACGCUGCUUCUCUCUAGAUAAUAGAUCAUAAAUUAAUCUCAGUAAAAUAUAUAUAUUAAUAAAUUUCGUUUAAAUUUUAUUUGAAAUUUUUAAUAUAUCGUGUUUAUUUCUGGAAACAGACUACGAAUGGUUCAUUACGUUAAAUCGGGUUUGCUUGAGACUAUUGGGGAUCUGGCCGGAAAAAGAUAGACGAAAGAAAUGGAUGACGGAUGCGCAUGUGAUUAUUAUAUUAACCAUAAUUAUCUGGAGCAGUGCCAUUCCGACUUUUCAUUCUCUCAUCAGAAUAUGGGGCGAUAUCUCGUCCAUGAUUGAUAACUUGCAGUAUAGCUUGCCGCUUCUGAUAUCAGUAAUAAAACUCGUUCUAAUGUGGCAAAAAAAGGAAGUUCUGAUACCGUUUUUGGAAAUGAUUGAAAAGGACUGGACGAAAUUAAAGACGGGUAAAGAACGAACGAUUAUGGUAAGACGUGCACAAACUGCACGCUUGAUAAUGAUAUGGGGAUACUUCGUGAUGUUCGUCUCGUUCAUUCUGGUCGUAAUCUUUCCCAGCUUCGGCGUGUCGUUGAGAUACUUGACAAAUAUUACCGAUCCGGAUAGAUUAAUGCCUCUGCAGUCAUACUACUUGUACAACGUAAAUGACAGUCCGUUUUACGAGAUAAUCUUCGUUCUGCAAGGCUUCAGCUUGAUGGUAGCCGCAACCAUAUACACCGGUACGGACACCUUUAUGGGAUUUCUUAUCUUCCACGUAUGCGGCCAGCUCGAGAACCUCAGAGCGCGUAUCCUCGAUCUGGAAUUUAAUUGCUUGAAGGACUCUCUAUCGUCCAACAUACGGGAACAUAUACGUCUUAUCAGAUCUAUCAAAACCAUUGACGAUACGUUUACUUUAAUGCUGCUUGGGCUGCUGGUUUAUUUCGGCAUACUCUUCGCUCUAUACGGAUUUUUAUUUGUUACUGCAAGUAUUUUUUCUGUAAUAUUUAUGCAUUUUUCUAUCUGCAAGAAACUG